AUCGGAUUCUAAAACAGCCAAUCGCCACUUUCUGCGAAGACCGGCUUCGCUGAAGUGCGGCGACUGCUUGCUUGCACUCCCGUCUCUUACCGCAAAACAGCCUAGCAGCGUCGAAAGCGUUAAAAACAGCCGGGUAAAUUUCGUUGAAAGGCGCCUCCCUUUUUGAUGACCGACUGCUACUGCUGUGGUGCGCUUUAAAUAGCAGGUGUUUUAUAUUGUGAGCAUAUAUCGAGUCUGUUUUAACGCAGUGAGCAGUCCACACACAAUGUCAGCCACCGGCACAGAGACGAGCGCCCAGCUCCCUCCACCCGCGGGGAGAGUUUUUUUCCAGGCGGCUACCGGUGGAGGCUGCGCGGGGAGCGGACCGGUGCCACGGGAUGAUCCGGUCCAGAAGAAACAAGGGAAAGUCACCGUGAAAUACGACAGGAAGGAACUGAGGAAAAGGCUAAUCCUAGAAGAGUGGAUCAUUGAGCAACUUAGCGAGCUGUAUGACUGCGAGGAGGAGGAGAUGCCAGAGGUGGAGAUCGACAUCGACGACCUUCUGGAGGUGAACAGCGAGGACGAGAGGGCUACGAAACUGCAGGAGUCCCUGAUGGACUGCUACAAACCCACAGAUGACUUCGUCAAGGAGCUCCUGGGCCGGAUACGGGGAAUGCGGAAGCUGAGCGCCCCCCAGAAGAAGCCGCUAUAAUGGCCGCCGCGGCGCAGGCCGUUAGCCGCGAGCCGUUAGCCGCGAGCUCCACGUCUCUCACGCGCAGCGGGCUCCUGCCUCUGGGUCCUCACGUUUUGAGUUCGGGGUUUUUCCCGCCUUUUUUUAUUUUUUAUUUUUUGUGAUCGACAGUGAUCGAGGAAAUGUUUGUAUUUAAAUGUAGAAACAAAAAAACUGAAACUGAAGGAGAAAAAAAAAUGGCCGCUACUCGAAGGACGUGUUUGUUUUUUUUCCGUUUGUUUGUUAGUUUUUUUUUUUAAAUGGUGUUUUUCAGAUUUUAAAGAUUAGAACCGGUUUUGUUUUUGCCAAUAGGUUGAUAUUUAAAGCCUCACAGCUUGGAUUUCUUUGUCCCCCCCCCCCCCCCCCCCGAAUUAAUCUGUUACUCUGUUACACACUAUUACACACUGACCCCGAGGUGAGUGUGUUUGCAAAGAGAAGGGGGGGGGGGGUAAAGGACAUCAUCGGAGGGCUUUUAAAUGUAUAACAACCAAAAACUUAGUGGCCAAUCACAACUGAGCGGUUAACAAUCGAGAACACCAUUCAACCAUGUCAUAUUGACUGUUCUUCGUUUCCCUCUAGAUGCAUAUCACUUCCAUUAUUUUACCACAACAGUAUGUAGAGAACCGUUUGUGUAAGAAUUGUUUGUUUUUUUGUAAUUUUAGUCCCAAAAAGCCCUUUUUGAAUUCUCAGUGAAGCCAUUAUUAACAAAUGAACAUAUUUUAAAAAAACAUUUAACAUGAAACGGCUAAUGACUGUAACUGCUUUGUUGGCCAUUUUCCCAAAAGCUCCCUCUAGUGUGCACUGUUGUUACUACAUGAGCUAUUCACUUAGCGAACCUGUUGAACCCUGCAGACCCAGGUUAUAAUGUGGUCAGACCACAGAAAUCUCAGCCUUGGGCUCUCACUUAGAACAAGGCAUGAUGGGCAUUGUAGCCCAGCGUGUGGCCGUGAAGCCUGUGUGAUAAGCGCUUUUAAAACUUCAAGUCUUUCAGUAUGACCGUUUUCACGACGGGUCCAUAGUGUAUGUUACCCGUGUUAUUAUUUUGAAGUUCAGUUUGCAGUCCGUGUAACACCGCACCUCGGGUACCGUUACUGAGAAUCCGAACGUAAAUUUAAGUCGCCGUCUUAUUCUCGUACGAUGUAGCUAGUUCUAACGGUUUUUAUUUAUGUAGACUUAAGAAACGACCGCACCUUUUUUUGUCUGCGCUUGACUCAAGCACAAUAACACAAACAAAUCGUAGUGACAUUUUUUUUUUUUUUUUUUUGAAAGUUCACAAACCUCUAGAGCUCUACACCUCAUUUGCAUCUGUUGGUCCGUCUAGGGGACGUUUGAACGUGUCGGAAAUUACGGGGCUGUCACGACAGGUGACAAACAGAAUGAGAAUUUUGAAUUUCAACUAAUGAAGCUGGACACAACCGUUCCAUUUUGUUUUUGUUUUUUUGUUGUUGUUUAUUUGAAGCUGUUACAAUUAUAUCACUUCAGGUUAUAAAGUUGUUGACUGUACAAAAUACUACGAAAGUGAAGUGUAGUUUUUUAAGGAGUUGGCAGAAGCUGUUACAGGGACAAUAUUGUUUCAGAAUAGAUCUGUGGCUGUUGGUUGCAUUUUCUCCACCAUAUUAUUCUCAAGCGGCCAAAGAAAAUGCCAUUUCUUUCAUGAAGCACUGGGUAUAACUGAACAAGGGGAUGUGAGAAGGAAGGGAAUGCUGGCUAGCUUAAGCUAAGAGAACUGUCUGUUUUUUUCAUGCCUGUCUGGCAGUACACCUGUUUAUACUUAGUUACUCAAUACCUUUUUAGAAAACCAGGAAAAAAAUAUGGUGCUGUUUUUGCUUUUUUUAAAAUAGAUUUUUUUUCCCCCAAAUACCAGUUGUUUCCAGGGCAUCCACUGCUCGUAGACUGUGUUAUUGACAAUAUAAAUGUAGAUCUCUUUAAUAUUUCCUCUGGUAAAAAUAUUCAGGUAUGUUCAUUUACUGUAUGAAGAGUUUCUAUUCAGGGCUAUGGAGUGGUUUUAAAAUUGAUGUUCUAAGUAUUUUGAGAGAUGGUAAUGUGUGAAAGUUUUCAAACCGCAUGGAUUAAGUGUCACGAAAGAAAUAUAUAAAGACCCAGCUUUUUAUUUAAACUGCUUUUUCCUUUUUAUACUUUAUUAAAGAAACUCACAGAGUCUGCAGGAUUUGUUUUCCAUACAUCUGCAAGCAUUUGUUUUUAUUUUAUAAAAAUGUAACGUGUGGUAAUUGAGUUGUUUUGCUGACAAUAAAGCAGAAUGACUAAUCUGUUUUAAAUAAAAAGUGUGCUGUU